AUGGCGGAUUCCGAAUUACCCACUCGUCCCAAGCCCGAGGAGACCCCCGCCGGCGAGGCCCCCGCGGAGGGAGAGAGCAAGAGCGCCAGCAAGAGCGCCGCAAAGAAGGCCGCCAAGGAAAAGGCGAAGGCAGAGAAGGCAGCUCAACGCGCCGCCCAGGAACAAGCCCAGAAGGCCGCUCAAACUACCGAAGACACCGCGAAGCACCUAUACGGUCCGAUCCCCGAAACCGAGGAUGUGAUCCCGUCCACGCGAUUCUCUGAGCUCUCCGAGGAGCACCACGACAAAGAGGUUACGGUCGUCGCUCGUGUGGACAAUGCACGUGUGCAGAGUGCCAAGUUGGCAUUCCUGAUGCUUAGGCAGCAGGGACAGAAGGUGCAGGCAGUCAUUGCUGCCAAGGAGCCGAUCUCGAGACAGAUGGUCAAGUACACGGGUGGAUUGAAUGUCAACUCGAUUGUGCAGGUGACGGGUAUCGUUAAGAAACCCGACACUCCAAUUUCGUCUGCCACGAUUCAGAACCUCGAACUGCACAUCCAGAAAGUUUACAUGAUCUCUGAAGCUGCUCAGAUGCUUCCUAUGCAGGUCAAGGAUGCGGAGCGGCCGCCUCCCGACACGACCGAGGAGGGUCCUCAGGUUGAUGCCGAGGGUGCUCCUAUUGUCACUCUCAAGACUCGUCUCGACAACCGUACUCUGGACCUUCAGACCGAGACCAGCCAGGCUAUCACUUGGAUCUCGAGCGGUGUUUCGGAGCUGUUUGCGGAGUACAUGAUCAAGAGUGGUUCGCGGUGGAUCUUCACUCCCAAGCUGGUCGGUGCUGCUACGGAGGGCGGUAGCAAUGUCUUCGAGGUCAAGUACUUCAAGAGAAACGCCUACAUGGCUCAGAGUCCCCAGCUGUACAAGCAGAUGUGUAUUGCUGGUGACAUGGAGAACGUUUUCGAAAUCGCUCCUGUUUUCCGUGCCGAGGAUAGCAACACCCACCGUCACUUGACUGAGUUCGCCGGUCUCGAUUUCGAAAAGACUUUCCGCAGCCACUACCACGAAGUCCUCGAGUUCGCUGAGGACCUCCUCGUUUUCAUCCUCUCCCAGCUCAAGGUGCGCUACAGCAAGCAGAUCGAAACUAUUCAGAAAUCGUACCCCAAGGCCGGUGACUUCAAGCUCCCCAAGGACGGCAAGGCCCUGCGUCUGACCUACAUGGACGGUGUGAACCUGCUCAAGGAAGCCGGCGUCGACGUCUCGGAACAAGAGCGCUUCGAGAACGACUUCAGCACUGCGAUGGAGAAACAGCUGGGCCAGAUCAUCCGCGACAAGUACGACACCGAUUUCUACGUCCUUGACAAGUUCCCCAUGGCCGUGCGCCCCUUCUACACCAAGGCCGACCCCCACGACCCCCGCUUCUCCAACUCGUAUGACUUCUUCAUGCGUGGCGAGGAAAUCAUGUCCGGUGCUCAACGUAUUAACGAUAUCAAGGAGCUGGAGGCUUCAAUGGUUGCCAAGGGUGUUAACCCGAACCAGGAAGGAUUCGAGGACUACCUCAAUGCUUUCCGUCAGGGAUGCCCGCCGCACGCUGGUGGUGGAUUGGGUCUGAACCGGAUUGUCAUGUUCUUUUUGGGCUUGCCUAACAUUCGCUUGGCCUCGUUGUUCCCUCGUGACCCUCAGCGUUUGCGUCCUUAG